CAUAGGAAUUGUUUACUUUAUCCAUCUGCUCAGCAUGAGUUUUGAGACUUUAAACCCUUUCCUGCCCGAUAACAGUACUGUGAUAUUCUCAUCCUUCCAAUAGGCUUGAGUUCUGGACAAAUAAGUUUUGAGGAAUCUGGCAAUGUCUAGAGUGUGUAAUAUUUCUUCCUCCUCAGAAAAAUUCAGAUUCAGACAUAGCACCGGAAGAGAUAUAACCUGGUUAAGGUUGACAAACGAUGGACCCUUAGGAGAGAAUCCAGGAAGGAAUCUCAAUAAAACUCUAUCCAGCAAGAAAGAGAUGUAAGGAGCAGCUGAAGAAAAAGCUUGCAAUUCACCUAUCAUCUUCGCUGAAGUAAUGGCGAGCAGAAAAAACCAUGGCUGACUUGGUAUCAUGUACAGCAACAGAGCUCUACAACAUUCUGAACCAAUCUACUAAGUCCUCGAAGCUAGCCGAACCAAAUUAUCUAUGUCUUCUGGAUGCACGUACCAAGAGGGAGUACAACGAGAGUCACAUUAUUACUGCAAGGAGAGCUAAGCAGAAUGAAGACUCGUGUUUCCUGUUGCCGGAGUCUAUAGAGUUGGACUGCAUGAAGUACUGUGUGGUAUAUGAUAGUCGGACUGAUUCGUUGGAUGGUGAAGGUCCAGCUAUACAGUGUGCCCAGGUCAUGUCAAAAGUCACUCGUCUACCAGUGCUGGUGCUGAAAGGGGGGUAUGAAGAAUUUUCUGCUUAUUACCAUUUCUUCAGGUCUCAGAAAGUGUUUUGGAUGCCCCAGGAAAUUGACGAAUUUCAGCCUUACCCCAUUGAAAUCAUACCAGGUUUGUUAUACGUGGGUGAUGUACGGCAAGCAAAUGACAGACACAUACAGAAGGAUCUGAAGAUUAAAUCUCAUGUUAACGUCUCACUAAAGCCUACAAAUCUUUCUUUGCCGAGUGGACAAGUCUUACACAUUCCAGAGCCGGAUUUAUGCGAUUCAGAUCUUCUCCAAUUUUUUCCAAGUGCUUGUCAAUUUAUAGAUGCUCACAUGGCAACAAACUGUGCAGUUCUUGUCUUUUCCACGUUGGGGAUCAGCCGCAGCAGUGCUGUGUUAAUAGCAUACAUCGUCCAUUCCAGAAGAUGCCCGCUCCAGGAAGCUUGGAAUCACGUUCUUAAAUGUAAAACCAAUAUGAGGCCGAACAGAGGAUUUGUACAGCAGCUGUCUGAAUGGGAAAAGACUGUUUUAGGGCACCAGCUUACUGACAUAUCUGAUCCGAAGUUUUAAUGAGUUCACCAUUACCAAUUAUGGCAGGAACUACUGUUAUUUUUUUCUAAAUUACCUUUUUUUGUACGGUUCCAUCAGACACGAGUUCUACACGAGUAAUAUACUGUAUAAGGCACCUUUCUUACUGCAUAUAAGUGAUCCAUUUCAUGUAUGUGUUGGAAAGCUCCUGGUGU